AUGUUUGGCUUCUGCUGCUACGGCAACGUGAUGCUGCGAAAAGAAAGCGCUGACAAGCCAUACCCAUCCUGGUUUUUUGGCUGGUUGCUUGGUAUGGUUUGUUAUACUUAUCCGGGCGCGGUUUUCUCUGAUCUCUUGUUUGUGCCAGAUGCCCCAUUGCGCGCGCUCACCAACAAUAACAUUCUGAUCUGCUUCAGCCUGUGGUACCUGCUCGUUCAGAACUCAAUGUGGGUUUAUAAGUUCUUGCAACGGAAGCACGUCUUCAUUUGGCUCACGACCUGGUGGCUGGCAGAUGCCACUCGUGCCUCCUUGCUCUUUCUGGAGCGGGCUGUUGCUCAUCAGCCCGUGUUUGCACGAGGUGUCUGGCAGGCCUUCGUGUGGUGUGGUGCUGGCCCCGUUGCUCGCCUAGUAGAAAAGUCCAUCCGGGGCGAGCCGGUGCCUGCCUUGGACAAGGUGCAGCCGAAUAGCAUGAACAUCUUCAAGUUUCCGCUAAUCGCGAUGUUUUGGAACAUGAUCUUCUAUAUGGUCUGCUUAGCCUACUUCACUGACUGCAAAUUCCUCGACGCAAAGCCAAAAUUGGACAUGGUACAGUGCGCUGCGAAGUAUGAGGAUUUCUACGGCUUCUGCACCUACAUGCCUUGUUUUAUGCACCUCUGCCGGGCAUACUAUGCAAUGUAUUCCCAGGGCGGGUUGGUCAUUUUCGGGGACGGUUUCUGCAUGGGUAGCAGCAGCUUAAUCAAGAAGAUGUCGAGCAGUCAGAACAUCGCCAGGUGA